ACUGUGCAUCCCUCUUAUUUGGGAUUUUUUGUUUGUUUGUUCAAGAUUGUAAAAUUGAGUGUCUGCAAGUGUUCACCAAGAAGUGUAUUUUUGGAUGGAAGUUUUUGACGCACGUUUUAGCGCAUUCGAUUUUGACUUAAUUAGAUACAGUGAGAAAAACGAAGCUUGGACAGCUGAAGAGGAAUUGUACUGGCAUUCCAUUUAUAAACAAAGUUGUGCGUGUUUCUUUCCUCCAUCUCUCGUGGACAACCGAUUUUUGCGCAUGGAUAAGUUUUUGUAGUGGAUAUUUGUUUUGUUCUCUUGGCAUUGUUUUUUCUUCUUCACGAGGAUUAUUGCCCUCGUCUAAUCUCCACUUCAGAUCAAUACAUGGCACUUUAUUUAUUAUUUUUAUAUUUUCCUUUUUGAAAAUCAGUGAUGCCUUUACGCGGAGGCAGCACUAACUGAUUUUUCAGCCCAGCCAAGCGAAAAAGAAUUGCUUCUGUGGAAGUGAAGCGCCAUCCACCAUUGAGUAUGAACUUAGCAAGUCAGACUUAUGUCCUGGUGGUCUUCCUCACCUCCACGGUCUUCAUAUGCCGGGCCCAGGAGAGAGACUACACAGUGAAGGAAGAGCAGCCGGAGAAUGUCCGCAUUGGGAACCUGCGCAGGGAUCUCGACCUCAACUUGGACCCAAACAUCCGUCUGUCCUCACCCCUGCAGUUCAAGCCUGUCUACAAGACAGGGGACGUGCCUUUGGUGAGGGUGGAGGCCAACACGGGGGAGAUCUUUACAACCAAUCACCGGAUCGACAGGGAGAAGCUUUGCUCCGGGGUUUUCGCAGAGAAACGCUGCUAUUAUGAAAUAGAGGUGGCUGUCUUGCCUGACGAGAUCUUCCGACUGGUCAAGAUCCGCUUCCUGAUUGAGGACGUCAAUGACAACGCCCCCCUUUUCCAGUCCACGGUCAUAAACAUCUCAAUUCCAGAGAACACUGCCAUUAACACCCGGUACCCGGUGCCCUCUGCAUUUGACCCCGACGUCGGAAUCAAUGGGAUCCAACAUUACGAGCUGGUCAAGAGUGUCGGAGAAUUUGGCUUGGACAUCAUUGAGACGCCUGAGGGUGACAAGUGGCCACAGUUGAUCGUUCAGCAGAACCUAGAUCGUGAGCAGAAGGACACCUUUGUCAUGAAGAUAAAGGUAGAAGAUGGUGGCAACCCUCCUAAGUCCAGCACUGCUAUUCUGCAAGUCACCAUCUCCGAUGUCAACGACAAUCGUCCCGUCUUCAAGCAUAGCGAGUUGGAAGUCACGGUACCGGAGAAUGCCCCCACGGGAACAUCAGUUGUUCAGCUUCAUGCAACGGAUGCAGACCUAGGGUCCAACGCCCAGAUCCACUUCACCUUCAGUAACCAGAUCUCUGCCUCGACCAAACGUCACUUUGCCAUUGACAGCACAACGGGACUAAUCACUGUAAAGCAGUCACUGGACAGAGAGCUCACUCCUGUUCACAAACUUAUUGUUCUGGCAAGUGAUGGCAGUUCCACACCCUCCAGGGCCACGGUGACUAUAAAUGUUACAGAUGUUAAUGACAAUGUUCCCUCCAUUGACACUCGCUACAUAAUCAACUUGGUGAACGGAACUGUGCUUUUGUCUGAGAAUGCUCCCCUCAACACCAAAAUAGCACUCAUCACAGUUACAGACAGAGAUGCAGAUCUCUAUGGAAAAGUCACUUGCUACACUGACCAUGAUGUUCCAUUUCGGCUGAAGCCUGUCUUUAAUGAUCAGUUUUUACUGGAGACGGCUGCUCCCCUCGAUUAUGAGACAACUCGAGAAUAUGCAAUUAGGAUAGUGGCCUCGGAUAGAGGAACGCCUCCUUUGAACACUUCAGCUAUGGUUUUAAUUAAAAUCAAGGAUGAGAAUGACAAUGCGCCCAUCUUCCCCCAGCCCGAAAUUCAACUUUCCAUACCAGAGAAUAAUGACCCGUCCUCACAGUUAAUAAAAAUCAGUGCCACUGAUGCAGACAGCGGACAUAAUGCAGAGAUUAUUUAUACCCUUGGCCCCGAUGCACCCGAUGGGUUUAAUAUAGACAGACGGUCAGGAAUCCUUUCCGUUGGCAAACGACUGGACAGAGAGAAGCAGGAGAAGUACUCAUUCACUGUCAUAGGCAGGGAUAAUGGUUCAUCGUCCCUACAGAGCAAUGUCACUGUCAGGCUAAUUGUUCAAGACCUUAAUGACAACAGCCCUGCUUUCACACACCCCGAGUACAACUUCUAUGUGCCUGAAAACCUUCCACUCUUUGGAACUGUGGGCUUAAUUACAGUGACAGAUGCAGACGCGGGAGACAAUGCUGUUGUGAUCCUGUCCAUUCUGAAUGGGAAAGAUCAUUUUAUCAUUGACCCUCAAACAGGUGUAAUCAAGCCCAAUAUCACUUUUGAUCGAGAGCAGCAGAGCUCUUACACAUUUAUGGUCAAGGCAGUGGAUGGAGGACAACCCCCUAGCUCUUCCUAUGCCAAGGUCACUAUAAAUGUGGUUGAUGUAAAUGACAAUCGCCCCGUGUUUGUUGUUCCUGCUUCCAAUUACUCAUAUGACCUGGUGCGGACCACCACCACCCCUGGUGACGUUGUUACAAGAGUGUUUGCCAUUGACAACGACACGGGUAUGAAUGCUGAGCUACAAUAUAGCAUUACCAGCAGCAUCAUCAUCACAUCUCGAGUCUCCCCUCGAGGGCUUUUUUCCAUCGACAAAACAACAGGCAACAUAACACUGCAGGAGAAAAUUGUGGCGGCGGAUCAAGGACUGCAUAGGCUGGUUGUCAAAGUCAAAGAUCUCGGGCAGCCAGAAUCAUUACAAGCUAUUGCACUCAUUCACUUAUUUGUCAAUGACACUGUUUCAAAUGCCACGUUUAUCCAAGAACAGCUGCAGAAAAGUAUGGAGACACCACUGGACCGAAACAUAGGGGACAGUGAGUUAACACCUCAGGCUAACGGAUAUGUGAUUGUUGUCAUAGCUAUCAUCGCUGGGACUAUGACUGUCAUCUUGGUGAUAUUUGUCACUGCCUUAGUGCGCUGCCGACAGACACCCAGACACAAAGUGGUACAGAAGGGCAAGCAGAGCGGCGAGUGGGUGUCACCGAACCAAGAGAACCGUCAAAUCAAAAAGAAGAAGAAGAGAAAGAAGCGCUCCCCAAAGAGCCUCCUCCUGAACUUUGUGACCAUAGAUGAAUCUAAGCCUGACGACCCCACACAUGAGCAUGUUAACGGUACGCUGGAUCUCCCUGUGGAGCUAGAUGAGCAAACCAUGGGGAAGUACAACUGGGCCACUACACCCACCACCUUCAAACCUGACAGCCCGGACUUAGCCAAGCAUUACAAAUCUGCGUCCCCUCAGCCUACAUUUCAAAUCAAACCGGAGACUCCGGUGGCCCCAAAGAAGCAUCACGUGAUCCAGGAGCUCCCUUUGGACAACACAUUUGUGGUGGGCUGUGACACGCUCUCCAAGUGCUCAUCGACGAGCUCCGACCCAUACAGUGUCUCAGACUGCGGCUGUCAGGGAGGAUUCAAGACUCCUGGGCAAAUCGCCACCCGACAGGAGACUGCACUGAAACCACCACACUAUGGCACACUCUGUGGCACAGGUACAGCUCGCUCCCACAGGAUUAAAAUCAAUCUCUAGCUCCCACUACCUAGAGAGAGAGAGAGAGAGAGAGAGAGAGAGAGAGAGGGGGG